AUGAAGGAAGUCCUCUCCAACGCCAACUUCCCCCAGGAUGCCCAGGGACGCACCUACCACGUAGCCACGCGCGCGUCCCAGGUGGCCAACCGCAUCAUCACCGUCGGAGACUCGGUCAGGGCGAGGAGGAUCGCAGAGUGCUUCGACGGCGGCAAGCCCAUCUUUGAGCACAUGUCCCAGAGGAACUUUCUCACCUUGACGGGUACCUACAAGGGCUGCCCCAUCAGCGUCGUUGCAAUCGGCAUGGGCUUCUCGGUCGUCGACUUCUUCGUUCGCGAGUGCCGCGCCGUCGUCGAGGGCGAGAUGAUCAUUGUCCGCCUCGGCUCGUGCGGCUCGCUGCGGCCCGACUACGGCAUCGGCACCGUCGUCGUCCCCAAGACGUCGAUCGGCAUCUCGCGCAAUUACGACUACUUCCACCCCGCCACGACGGCCCAGGAGCGCAGCAGCGGCGCCAUUGAGCCCUAUACCGUCACCAAGCCCCUCGACUGCGACGACGAGGUGCACGACAAGCUCCUCGCCGCCCUGGCCGCCAAGCAGCCCAAGGCUGAGGCGUCGCUCUUCAACGGCGAGAGCGUCAAGGCCGUCGGCAACACGACAAACGCCAGCGCCGACAGCUUCUACGGAUCCCAGGGCAGGACCGACCCCUCGUUCCUCGACGCCAACGCCAACCUCAUCGACGUGCUGCAGCAGCGCUACCGGGAGCUCUCGACGCUAGAGAUGGAGACGUUUGUCCUCAACCACCUCGCCGCGAGCGCCAACGCGGCCAUCGACAGCGUGCCCGCCGGCCAGCCGGUGCCGCAAAAGGGCCGCAUUCGCACGGGCGCGGUGCAGAUGAUCUUCGCCAACCGUACCAACUCGGCCUUUAUCUCGCCCGACGAGUGCCACAAGCUCGAGGUGUGGGCGGGCGAGAGCGUGCUCGAGGCGCUCCGCAACGUCGACAUCCCAAAGGAGCGCCUCCACCCCAACGGCGUGUGGGACCAGAGCCAGUGA